UUCAAAUGAACGUAGAACGUUCUAGAAGUCAGGCAGCCAUUUUGGGAGAACUUUGUCAGAACAAAAGGGAAAUUGUGUCGUCGAAAAAGUCUGUUUCCUAAGCAACGCUACGUGCUUUAUUUUCAUUAUAAUCAGAUAAUUAACUUUGACUAAGAUGAGGCAGCGAGACAGCACAAGUCCUUCACCAGUAAGAGAGAACAGCUGGAUGUCUGGGAGACGAAAGCGCCACAGGAGAGUGUCACACAGCAGUGAACGAGAAAACAAGUACCGUAAACUUCACCAGCAUCCGAAAAGCAGUGACGGGCAUUACUUGGAGAGCCGAAGUCUGAAUGAAAAGCAGGAGACGAAAGUCAGAGCUGUGGAUUCAGGGUAUGAGAAGGAAAGCCACACGAGCCUCUCAAGGGAGAAGGAAAGGCAUCGCGUCCGCCACAGGGCCCCAGACUGGCACCAUUACAGCAAAUCAUCUGGAUACAGCGGCCAGAGCAGCCGGCACGGUCGGAGACGCAGUCGUAGCCGCCUUCGGCACCGUCGCUCUCACUCGAGGAGCCAUCGCAGGAAAAGGUCCAGAAGUAUUGAGGAUGAUGAGGAGGGGCACCUGAUCUAUCACAGUGGAGACAUACUCAGGGCGAGAUAUGAGAUCGUGUGCACACUAGGAGAAGGUGCAUUUGGGAAAGUAGUCGAAUGCAUCGAUCAGAAAAAUCAAGGUGCUCGUGUUGCACUGAAGAUCAUAAAAAACAUUGAACGUUAUCGAGAUGCGGCCAUGUCUGAGGUCGAAGUGCUGGAACACAUAAACGCUCUCGACAAAGACAGAAAAUACUGUUGUGUGCGUAUGCUUGACUGGUUUGACCACCACGGCCAUGUGUGCAUUGUGUUUGAACUGCUUGGAUUGAGCACUUUCGACUUCCUCAAAGAGAAUAACUUCCAGCCCUUUCCGAUUGACCAGAUCAGGCACAUGGCCUACCAGAUCAUCAAAGCAGUCAAGUUCAUGCACAGAAACAAGCUAACACACACAGACCUGAAGCCAGAGAACAUCUUGUUUGUCGAUUCCAAGUAUGACCUCGAGUACAACGCAAAAAUGAGAAGAGAUGAGAGGACUGUGAAGAAUCCAGAUGUGAAAGUGGUCGAUUUUGGGAAUGCAACAUAUGAGCACGAGCAUCACACCACCGUGGUUUCUACACGACAUUAUCGUGCACCCGAAGUCAUUCUGGAGCUGGGAUGGGACCAUUCCUGUGAUGUUUGGAGUGUUGGUUGCAUUCUUAUUGAAUAUUACCUUGGAAGCACACUGUUCCAGACUCAUGACAGUAAAGAACAUCUGGCCAUGAUGGAAAGAGUCCUGGGUCCAUUACCAACACACAUGCUCCAGAAAACAAGGAAGCGGCGAUUUGUCCACCGGGACAAACUAGACUGGGACGCGCAAACCACGUCGGGACGAUACGUUCGGAAACACUGCAAACCUCUCAGAAGCUAUAUGAACUCCAGAAGCCUGGCCCACGAGGAGCUGUUCGACCUCCUUGAGAAGAUGUUGGAAUACGACAUGACCAAGCGAAUCACUCUGGACGAUGCCAUUAGACAUCCUUUCUUUGACUGUCUUUCGAAGGGCCACAAGUGAACGAAACAAACUAUCCCGCCCCCCCCCCGCCCCCCCCCACUCUCAAUGAGAGGUUGCAUUUAAAGGACUGUAUCAGUCCCAUGUCUAGGUUUUUGCUCCUCCUUUCAAUGUAAUGUGUAAUUUAUGUGAUCUGUAACUUAUAUUGUAUUUUACACAGUUGUCAAUCAAGGCAGAGAAAUAUACAUGGUUAGUGUUAAAUAUUAUUUCCUCAUUUGUCAAAUAAGUAAUGUAGAUUGAUUAAUUCAUUGUGUAGCCAUUGUGUGUCAAUUACUGUUUAUUCUUAUAAUUUUCAAUAAAAAAAUGUUCAAGGA